AUGACAGGUCAGUCAGUGGCAUAUAUCAUAUGUGACAGGAGGCUGAUCUGCCUAGAAAGUUAGUGAAAUGUUGCCAACUGCCACUUACUUUUUAAUGUCGUCUGUUGAGUUGGUCUCUAAUAAAUAGACCUACUUCGUGUUCAUUAGGUUCAGUCUAACUUCUCUUGGGUUCAUGGUUGUUACAGAACAAUUGUCCCUGGUUAGGAGGAGAAUGCAGAGUGAUGUAGAGACCGAGAGAUACAGUGGGGAAAACAAGUAUUUAGUCAGCCACCAAUUGUGCAAGUUCUCCCACUUAAAAAGAUGAGAGGCCUGUAAUUUUCAUCAUAGGUACACGUCAACUAUGACAGACAAAAUGAGAAAAAGAUUUCCAGAAAAUCACAUUGUAGGAUUUUUAAUGAAUUUAUUUGCAAAUUAUGGUGGAAAAUAAGUAUUUAGUCAAUAACAAAAGUUUCUCAAUACUUUGUUAUAUACCCUUUGUUGGCAAUGACACAGGUCAAACGUUUUCUGUAAGUCUUCACAAGGUUUUCACACACUGUUGCUGGUAUUUUGGCCCAUUCCUCCAUGCAGAUCUCCUCUAGAGCAGUGAUGUUUUGGGGCUGUCGCUGGGCAACACAGACUUUCAACUCCCUCCAAAGAUUUUCUAUGGGGUUGAGAUCUGGAGACUGGCUAGGCCACUCCAGGACCUUGAAAUGCUUCUUACGAAGCCACUCCUUCGUUGCCCGGGCGGUGUGUUUGGGAUCAUUGUCAUGCUGAAAGACCCAGCCACGUUUCAUCUUCAAUGCCCUUGCUGAUGGAAGGAGGUUUUCACUCAAAAUGUCACGAUACAUGGCCCCAUUCAUUCUUUCCUUUACACGGAUCAGUCGUCCUGGUCCCUUUGCAGAAAAACAGCCCCAAAGCAUGAUGUUUCCACCCCAUGCUUCACAGUAGGUAUGGUGUUCUUUGGAUGCAACUCAGCAUUCUUUGUCCUCCAAACACGACGAGUUGAGUUUUUACCAAAAAGUUAUAUUUUGGUUUCAUCUGACCAUAUGACAUUCUCCCAAUCCUCUUCUGGAUCAUCCAAAUGCACUCUAGCAAACUUCAGACGGGCCUGGACAUGUACUGGCUUAAGCAGGGGGACACAUCUGGCACUGCAGGAUUUGAGUCCCUGGCGGCGUAGUGUGUUACUGAUGGUAGGCUUUGUUACUUUGGUCCCAGCUUUCUGCAGGUCAUUCACUAGGUCCCCCUGUGUGGUUCUGGGAUUUUUGCUCACCGUUCUUGUGAUCAUUUUGACCCCACGGGGUGAGAUCUUGCGUGGAGCCCCAGAUCGAGGGAGAUUAUCAGUGGUCUUGUAUGUCUUCCAUUUCCUAAUAAUUGCUCCCACAGUUGAUUUCAUCAAACCAAGCUGCUUACCUAUUGCAGAUUCAGUCUUCCCAGCCUGGUGCAGGUCUACAAUUUUGUUUCUGGUGUCCUUUGACAGCUCUUUGGUCUUGGCCAUAGUGGAGUUUGGAGUGUGACUGUUUGAGGUUGUGGACAGGUGUCUUUUAUACUGAUAACAAGUUCAAACAGGUGCCAUUAAUACAGGUAACGAGUGGAGGACAGAGGAGCCUCUUAAAGAAGAAGUUACAGGUCUGUGAGAGCCAGAAAUCUUGCUUGUUUGUAGGUGACCAAUUACUUAUUUUCCACCAUAAUUUGCAAAUAAAUUCAUUAAAAAUCCUACAAUGUGAUUUUCUGGGGUUUUUUUCUUCUCAAUUUGUCUGUCAUAGUUGACGUGUACCUAUGAUGAAAAUUACAGGCCUCUCUCAUCUUUUUAAGUGGGAGAACUUGCACAAUUGGUGGCUGACUAAAUACUUUUUUCCCCCACUGUAGCUAGAGAGAGAGAAUGCAAGCUGGAGAGAUGGAUAACACAAACUUGUAAAGUUUGGGUAACUCAAAUCUAAACACUGUAUGCGUCUGUGUCGUGCUACUAAGACAGCCUGUCUUUGGACUCAGGGCGUGCUGGCCUGUGCCCAACACAAAUAUUUACCUCAGCGCUCACCCCCGCAGGUGCUGUCCAGCCGCCUAGGCUUUAUUCAGCAGGGACAUCCCUCUGUCUGAGUCAUUCCCCUUGGCUAUAGCGUUCAAAGGCCUUUCUCCUGAUUAGGCCUAUAGAGUAGGCUACAAUGUCUCUUAUAAUUAACCUAUCGUAGCAGGCGUAAGAGAAACACCUGAAACUAGAUCCCCCUACAUACUAGUCUUGCCAGGAAGAGAAAUGUUCUCUUCUGCACUGUUCAACCAAUCCAGUAAAUGUGGAGGAGUUAAGAUGGGAGUGUCACCUUGUUAACGUCCAAAAAGCGGAAGUCUCGUCACAGGCUCUUUUUUUCUAUUUCCCCUGAAAACCGGAACAUCCAGUUGUUGGGGACUCGGCAGAGGCUACUUUUAAUUGUAAUUCUAUCCAAUGGUAAUGGCAUCUGCCAUAUCAACUGAACGAUGACAGUUUGGAGUUGUUCUUGUACGUGGUGUAGUUAGCCUAUAGUGUAUGGAAAAUGCAGGAUCUUUCCCAUGACUGUUUUAAGAGGCUAUCAGAAUAGACUUAUGAUUAGCCUAUAGGCCUAUUUCUUUGUUAGGUCCAGUCUUGAAGCAGAUGAAGCUCUACUAUUACACUAUUGCCUGUGUGGUCUUAGUGAGAUGGCUGGAUUAGGGAGUCCUAUUGAAUUUGACUGCUGUGUUAAAAGGUGUAACCUAAUAGGAAGUGUAAGACCUAGAACAGGAAGUUAACUUCACACGGCUCCAACUGCCACCCAAUGUGACCUGUAUUACCCUCUUCCAUUGUGUAUCUCCGACGCUGUGCUUCGUGGUCAAUAGGAUUGACUACGUAGGCCCACGUUUUUUUUUUAUUGCCUCAUUAUUUCCUUCCUACCCUCUAGUGUCUAGGGUGUGUUGUACAAUUCUAUCAAUGCUUAAAGAUGCACUAGGAAGAAAUCGCUCUGCCAUUUCCUGGUUGUUAAAAUUCGAAUAGUUCGCCUAAUUUCAGUUUGUGACAAAACAAGCAAGUAUAGUGUAGAGAAUCAUUGUACCAUCUAAACCGCUGUGAAAUAUAUCUUCCAUAACCAAAAGUAUUGUGUUUGAAGCUGGUGUACAAAACCUAAAGUAAAUGACGCAAAAACCAAACUGAAGAACGGGAAGCAUAGAAAUAGAGCAUGUAGAUCAGAUCUACCACUUAGACUUGCUUUUAGUGAGAAUAAUAGAUCUAUAUCUCACAUUUCUAUGUGAAUUUUUUCAGGUCGCACAAAAAGUUACAUAUUGCAGCUUUAAAACAACUUGCUCUUUGGGAACUAUGAAGAUUUAGGCUAUUGAAUAAAUAUCCUUUCUCUCUGCAUCACCACCAAAUGUACAUUCCGUUCUCUUUUUGUGUUUUGUUGAAAUCUGCCAACUGAUUUGUAUUUCUCCUUGUCGUCACCAGGGGAACGAUGAUGAGGCGGUGGUGGACCUGGGGAAGACGAGCUCCACCAUUCACACCAACUUUGAGAAAGAGGAGCUAGAGAGUAAGUCUGAUUUUAGUGUUUAUAUAUACACACACAAAGUAUCAAAUGUGCCCGGAUCCUAUCCAUGUUGACAGUAUACACUGAGUACACACAGUAGUAUCAAAGAAGCCCAUGGAAUUUUAACAAUUUAUCUCCAACCCACAUUCAUUUGCAUGCAUGCAUGCGCGCGCGCACACACACACACACACACACACACACACACACAACACACACACACACACACACACACACACACACACACACACACACACACACGCUGUAGCUGCAUCCCCUCCCAAGAAGCUGUGCUUGGGGAGACCAGGCUUUGUGAGGUGAACUUGAACACUAAUAACUUGUAACCCCUGGCUAAUGAGGUAGAGAACAGUGUAACUUGUAACCCCUGGCUAAUGAGGUAGAGAACAGUGUAACUUGUAACCCAUGGCUAAUGAGGUAGAGAACAGUGUAACUUGUAACCCCUGGCUAAUGAGGUAGAGAACAGUGUAACUUGUAACCCAUGGCUAAUGAGGUAGAGAACAGUGUAACUUGUAACCCCUGGCUAAUGAGGUAGAGAACCGUGUAACUUGUAACCCCUGGCUAAUGAGGUAGAGAACAGUGUAACUUGUAACCCAUGGCUAAUGAGGUAGAGAACAGUGUACCUUGUAACCCCUGGCUAAUGAGGUAGAGAAACAGUGUAAACUUGUAACCCCAUGGCUAAUGAAGGUAGAGAACAGUUGUUAAACUUGGUAACCCAUGGCUAAUGAGGUAGAGAACAGUGUAACUUGUAACCCAUGGCUGUAAUGAGGUAGAGAACCGUGUAACUUUGUAACCCACUGGACUAAUGAGGUAUGAGAAAACAGUGUAACUUGUAACCCAUGGCUAAUGAUGGUAAGAAGAACAGUGUAAACUUGUACCCCCUGGCUCAAUGAGGUAGAGAACAUUGUAACUUGUAACCCAUGGCUAACUGGAGGUAGAGAACAGUGUAACUUGUAACCCAUGGCUAAUGAGGUAGAGAACAGUGUAAAUUGUAACCCAUGAGUAAUGAGGUAGAGAACAGUGUACUUGUAACCCUGGCUAUGAGGUAGAAGGAACAGUGUACUUGUACCCAUGGCUAAUGAGGUAGAGAACAGGUAACUUGGUAACCCAUGGCUAAUGAGGUAGAGAACAGUGUAACUUGUAACCCCUGGCUAAUGAGGUAGAGAACAGUGUAACUUGUAACCCAUGGCUAAUGAGGUAGAGAACAGUGUAACUUGUAACCCAUGGCUAAUGAGGUAGAGAACAGUGUAACUUGUAACCCAUGGCUAAUGAGGUAGAGAACAGUGUAACUUGUAACCCAUGGCUAAUGAGGUAGAGAACAGUGUAACUUGUAACCCAUGGCUAAUGAGGUAGAGAACAGUGUAACUUGUAACCCCUGGCUAAUGAGGUAGAGAACAGUGUGAGAAUGUCAUGCAUUAGCUGCUCCUCCCCCCACCCUAGUGGCAGCUCUAACAGCAUUACUGUGGACUAGCCUGAAGCUCUGGCCUUCACUCAUUUAAUAGAGCCUGCUCUUUCACUCCCCCUUCAUUCUCUCUGACUCUCUCUAGAACACUAGAACUCUAUCUCACUCAUUCACAUAAUCACACGGUUGGUACAGGCAGACCCAACCUCUAUGUUCCCCUUCCACUACUCUGUCCUUCUCUCCUCACCUCCACACUUCUCUAAAGUAAUAUCUGUCCCUCUCUCCUCACCUCCACACUUCGCUAAAGUAAUAUAUGUCCCUCUCUCCUCACCUCCACACUUCUCUAAAGCAGGGACGACUCCUACUGCGCAGAACAUUACAGCUGACAACCAGAGGUGCUAAUGGAAACCACAGAGGAAAACCUCUGACCUGAAUGUUAUUUAUUCAUAGGAAUGUCCAGGGAUACAAUAAAGAUGUUAGCUGGAAGCCUGGAACAAUAAAGAUGUUAGCUGGAAGCCUGGAACAAUAAAGAUGUUAGCUGGAAGCCUGGAACAAUAAAGAUGUUAGCUGGAAGCCUGGAACAAUAAAUAUGUUAGUUAUAUUAUUAGGGUUGUUGUGCAUCUCUGUCAUCCAUGUAAAUGAAAGGAACUAAGUACUUUUGGACAGGAAAGCCUGCAGGGGUGCAGCUGAGGAUCACAGUUGGACCUUUUUUAGAUCAUCCAGAGAGGAACUGGGUGGAUUAGGUAGUGUUGUUCUCUAUGUAAUGCUCCCUAAUGCUAGGCUCACAGCUCACCUUUAACACCCACAGCAUGGGACACUUCAUUUAGGGAGGUCACAACUUCUUAGGUCUUAGAGAUUUAUUACUGCUAAAAACUCCCCAUGGCUAAUAAUAGGAAAAACAUUUUAAGACGCAGGCCCCCACUCACAAAUACUAUGUUUUUGUAGUUUUUUUUUGGUAUUAAUUCUUUCCCCAUUGGACUUAGUAGGCUAUAACAUAUUACAUGUCUGUAACAGGGGUGUGAUGAAGACCCACCACGCUGUAGUCCUCACCUCCCUCCUGGUCCGUUUAUCUGCUCUGUCCAGACUGACGUCAGUAGGAUGCCAUACAGACGGGUUUAACGUUCCCAGUGUGUUUAUAAGCACAAAGAGCAGCCUGCACGUCCUGCUCCUUCUUUAGCCUUCUCUCCUUUCCCCAUGUCCUGACCACCAGCAGUGAGCAGGGAGCAGCGGGUCUUAGGCAGGGAGCAGCGGGUCUUAGGCAGUGAGCAGGGAGCAGCGGGUCUUAGGCAGUGAGCAGGGAGCAGCGGGUCUUAGGCAGUGAGCAGGGAGCAGCGGGUCUUAGGCAGUGAGCAGGGAGCAGCGGGUCUUAGGCAGUGAGCAGGGAGCAGCGGGUCUUAGGCAGUGAGCAGGGAGCAGCGGGUCUUAGGCAGUGAGCAGGGAGCAGCGGGUCUUAGGCAGUGAGCAGGGAGCAGCGGGUCUUAGGCAGUGAGCAGGGAGCAGCGGGUCUUAGGGAGGGAGCAGUGGGUCUUAGGCAGUGAGCAGGGAGCAGCGGGUCUUAGGCAGUGAGCAGUGGGUCUUAGGCAGUGAGCAGGGAGCAGCGGGUCUUAGGCAGUGAGCAGGGAGCAGCGGGUCUUAGGGAGGGAGCAGUGGGUCUUAGGCAGUGACUUCCUUUCUAUCCAUUCUUAGUUGCUGUCAAAAUGGCACGUACUCAUCCAUUCAUUUAACGCUUCAGGUAUGGCCACUUGAUACGACAGAAAUUGAGAGGAGGAUCAGAGGAAAGGUUUACCAGCAUGUGUGACGCACGUAAACGACAAAGGGAAGACUUUUUUUUUUUUUGUGUGGGUGGGUUAGAGUAGGUUUCCAUAAUGUGGAGUCUGAUGGUGACUCAGGAAGGCUGCAGUGUAUGAAAACAACCACAUUUGUCUCAUGCAAGUUUGGGCCUGUGAAGAGAGGCGAUCUAAAGAUUGGAGAAUGCUAAAAUCGGACUAUGUAUGUUACGAAUAACCAUAUUGACAUUACCAAUUUUUUAAAUGCCGUGUGUAUAUACCCAGCCCUACUGCAGAUAAGACUGUUAAACGUGAUAGACUGUGAUUGACCAUGCCUCUCUCUACCCUGUCUCCAGGUCACAGAGCGGUCUAUGUGGGUGUCCAUGUUCCUCUGGGCAGAGAGACCAAACGGAGACACCACCGCCACCGCGGCAACAGACACCACCGCAAGAGGAGAGACCGCUCGGACCGUGAAGAUGGACGAGAGUCUCCUUCUUAUGGUAGCUAAGACUAGUUCCCUCUCCCACCUCAACGUCUGCUUUAGCUUCACUGUCCUCAGAUCAGCUCUGUUGUCAUAUCUCCAUUCUCCAGCCCUGUUUCCUAUGCCAAACCUUUUCUGGGGUUUUUCUGCUGAUAUUCUCUUUGCUGUACUACCUUACCCAUCUUCCACACCUGUACCCCUGUGUUUCCAGACACCCCGUCCCAGCGGGUCCAGUUCAUCCUGGGGACAGAGGAUGAUGAUGAGGAACACAUGCCCCACGACCUGUUCACUGAGCUGGACGAGCUGUUCUUCAGGGACGGACACGUCUACGAGUGGAGGGAGACAGCCAGGCACGAGACACACCCUUCCUCACUACUCCUAGUGGAUAUUUCCUCAUCAAACAGCUCCUUUAAUCGUGUGUGUGUGUGUGUAUAGGUGGUUAAAGUUUGAGGAAGACGUGGAGGAUGGAGGGGAGCGUUGGAGUAAGCCCUACGUGGCCACGCUGUCUCUACACAGCCUCUUCGAGCUCCGCAGCUGCAUCCUCAACGGCACUGUCAUGUUGGACAUGAGAGCUAACACUAUUGAGGAGAUCGCCGGUGAGCGUGUGUGUAUGCAUGUCUCUCUGCAGACAUUUGACUGUUUUACUAGCUAGGUGUGUAUGGUUGGGUGUGUGAAUGAGAGAGUUUUGGCUAUGAGUGAGUCUGAAAGUUGAAUGUGUUGACCAUGUAACAGUUGAAUAAACCAUGUAACAGUUGAAUAAACCAUGUAACAGUUGAAUAAAUCAUGCGGUCUACCCUGUGCCCCCCAUAGACAUGGUGAUAGACAGCAUGGUGGCGUCAGCUCAGCUGGAGGACGGGUUGAGGCAGAAGGUGAGGGAGGCCAUGUUGAAGAGACAUCACCACCAGAAUGAGAAGAAGCUCAGCAACCGCAUCCCUCUGGUGCGCUCCUUCGCUGACAUCGGCAAGAAACAAUCUGACCCACACCUGCUUGAGAGAAACGGUGAGGGCCCUCGCUGCACUUCUCCUUUUCUCUACUGCUCGCUAUCCCCUCAUUUCAGCUUUUCACUAUUUUUUCUAUUAAAUAAUGUUUUAUUUACACCCUUUUUUACUAAAGUUUAGCCAUGUUUUGACAGAUUUAAUGUAUGCACUAUGGAGGUGUUUAAAAAAUAAAAAAAAAAAAAGUGGGUUGGGUCUUUAAAGAGCCAUAUGGUGUCAGUUGGCUGAAGUACAGAGUGACAAGACGAUGGGCAGGCUCUGAUUGGUGCAUGGGUCUUUUGCUGGCAUGUGAUUUGCCCAUUGUGACUGUUCUUGAACACUGCAGUGAUAAGUCUGAGAUGAGUUUGUUUUGUGCACUGGAUUGUGUUUUCUCCUGGAAAGAUGGUUUUGUGAAUAGGUUUUUGUGUUGAACUGUUGUAGUAGGCUAAUAGUUAAUAACUUAUAACCAAAGUAAAUCUGUGCACAUGUCAUCAUGUAGCACUUAAAUCACAGUUGAAGAUUAUUGGUCAACUUCCCCUUGCUUGUGAUUGGUCCGUUUGAGUGACCUAUAGUAUAUCCUUAUUAAAGUGUGAUGUAACCGUGGGAUUUAUUUAGUUUUUGUAACAUUGCACAAUGGUUGCUAAACAGUGUUUUUGAAUGUGUUAUGAACAUGUUCGCUGCUGUUUGUGGGCGGUUGGCAUUAUGACAGAUGUUAAUUUGCCUUGACUUAAUCUCUCCUGGUUUAGUGCGGCUCCAUGUACAGUACCAGUCAAAAGUUUGGACACACCUACUCAUUCCAGGGUUUUUCUUUAUUUUUACUAUUUUCUACAUUGUAGAAUAAUAGUGAAGACAUCAGCACUAUGAAAUAAUACAUAUGGAAUCAUGUAGUAACCAAAAAAAGUGUUAAACAAAUCCAAAUAUAUUUGAGAUUCUUCAAAUAGCCACCAAAUGAUAGUCCCACUAAGCCCAAACCAGAAGGGAUGGCGUAUCGCUGUAGAAUGCUGUGGUAGCCAUGCUGGUUAAGUGUGCCUUGAAUUCUAAAUAAAUCACAGACAGUGUCACCAGCAAAGCACCCCCACACCAUAACACUUGAACUCUGUGAAGCAUUUAUUUGGGCUGUAAUUUCUGAGGCUGGUAACUCUAAUGAACUUAUCCUCUGCAGCAGAGGUAACUUCCAUUCCUGUGGCGGACCUCAUGAGAGCCAGUUUCAUCAUAGCGCUUGAUGGUUUUUGCGACACCACUUUUUGCGACUGACCUUCAUGUCUUAAAGUAAUGAUGUACUGUAGUUUCUCUUUGCUUAUUUGAGCUGUUCUUGCCAUAAUAUGGACUUGGUGUUUUACCAAAUAGGGCUAUCUCCCCCCCCCCUACCUUGUCACAACACAACUGAUUGGCUCAAACGCAUUAAGAAGGAAAGAAAUUCCACAGAUUAACUUUUUAAGAAGGCACACCUGUUAAUUGAAAUGCAUUCCAGGUGACUACCUCAUGAAGCUGGUUGAGAGAAUGCUAAGAGUGUGCAAAGCUGUCAUCAAGGCAAAGGGUGGCUAUUUGAAGAAUCUCAAAUAUAAAAUAUAUUUUGAUUUGUUUAACACUUCUUUGGUUAGUACAUUAUUUUUAAUGUGUGAUUUCAUAGUUUUGAUGUCUUCACUAUUACUCUGCAAUGUAAAAAAUAAAAUAAAAUAAAGGAAAAACCCUUGAAUGAGUAGGUGUGUCCAACUUUUGACUGGUAGUGUACGUUCUAUGUGAUGUUUUGGGACGUACUGAAUAUGCCCCUGCUGUUUGUCUUGGACUUCCACUAACAAGACACUUCCAAUGCCUGGGCUUGUUAGCAUGAAGAGCAUCGUUCCCAACACACAUUUAGGAUUUCUACCCUUCUCACCUUGAUUUAUUUUUCCUCUCCUUCUUUCCUGCUUUCCUUUUUCCAUCCUGUCUUAUCUCUCCUUUCCCAACUACCCUUGCCCCCUCUAUAGGGAGUCUCUCCGCCUACUGCCCCUCCCUCCUGCGACACACCUCCACCGCCACCACCCCUCCCUCUUCAAGGGAGUCCAGGGGGUCUCAGUUCCUCAACCACCUCAGCCGCCUCCUGCUCAGCGCCAGCGCCCCUUCCUCCCCCCUCAGCACCCCCCAGGACACCCCUCCCCUAGCCAGACACAGAGCCUUCACCCCUCCCUGCCCGUCCUCCACCCUUCCCUGCUCGUCCUCCACCCCUCCUCUGACUGACCCAGACCUAGACCCAGAGAUUGGGUUGGCAUCUGGGGAGGGCAAGAACUGGAGUAUCCCCAGUGUGGUGGUCCAUGCUCCAGAUGGGGAGGAACUGAAGCUCCAGUCCUGUCUAGUCAAUGACCACAAGGAGGAGUCUGAGGGUGCAGACCCCGCCCACCUGGUGCAGCUCCUCACCCCACCUCCAGCAGGUUCAAUAUCCUGCAAAUAGCAUGAAACCCUUCCUCACCUUACAAAAUCUGACCCCUCUCCCUCUCGGUCCUUUACAUUGUGUGUGUGUGUCUGUGUGUGUGAUGACUUGUGAAGCACAUAUGUUUUAGGCUUAGUUAUAGUGAAACACAGCAAUUCUGGUCUUCAUUUUGACAGUUCGUUGCAAAAUAGAUAUAUUUUGGUCUUUUAGUAGUAAAUCUAGCUCUUUUUGCCCCCAGCGGUUCAACUCUACCAUUGAAAUCGUGAUGUAGAGGCACCUUGAGAAGGUUCAAGGGAGGGUUUUGGUAUGUGCUUGGUGGUACCACCUCAAGGCUUACUAUAAAAACGGUGACAGCGUGCCUUAUUUGGCAAUGGUCUUGGUAAGUGGAGUGUGCCAAUAUAUUUAGCAUGAGGCUUCCUUGACUAGACUACUGACAUUACACAAAAUUAAAAAGGCAGUAAGGCACAUUUCCGCAUAAAUCAAAUCACAUUUUAUUUGUCACAAUACAACAGGUGUAGACCUUAACGUGAAAUGCUUACUUACAAGCCCUUAACCAACAAUGCAGUUUUAAGAAAAAUAGAGUUAAUUCCAACGAUUUUACUGAGUUACAGUUCAUUUAAGGAAAUCAGUCAAUUAAAAUAAAAUACAUUCAGGGCUUCCUGAGUGGCGCAUUAGUCUAAGGCACUGCAUCGCAGUGCGAGAGGCGUUACUACAGACCCGGGUUAAUUCCCGGGCUGUGCCACAACCGGCCGUGGCCGGGAGUCCCAUAGGACGGCGCACAAUUGGCGCAGCGUCGUCCGGGUUAGGGGAGGGUUUAGCCGGUGGGGCUUUACUUGGCUCAUCACGCUCUAGCGACUCCUUGUGGCGGGCCGGGUGCCAGUAGAAUGGUGUUUCCUCCGACACAUUGGUGCUUCCGGGUUAAGCUGUUUAAGGAGCAUGGUUAGGCGGGUCAUGUUUCGGAGGAUGCAUGACUCCACCUUCGCCUCUCCCGAGCCCGUUGGGGACUUGCAGUGAUGAGACGAUCAAAAAAGAUACUAAUUAUGCCCUAAUCUAUGGAUUUCAUAUGACUGGGCAGGGGCGCAGCCAUAGGUGGGAGCCAAGCCUAGCCAAUCAGAAUGAGGUUUUCCCAAAAAAAGGGCUUUAUUACAGACAGAAAUACUCCUCAGUUUCAUCAGCUGUCCGGGUGGCUGGUCUCAGACGAUCCCGCAGGUGAAGAAGCCAGAUGUGGAGGUCCUGGGCUGGCGUGGUCUGCGGUUAUGAGGCCGGUUGGACGUACUGCCAAAUUCUCUAAACGGUAGAGAAAUUAACAUUCAAUUCUCUGGCAACCACUCUGGGGCACAUUCCUGCAGUCAGCAUGCCAAUUUGCACGCUCCCUCAACUUGAGACAUCUGUGGCAUUGUGUUGUGUGACAAAACUGCACAUUUUAGUGGACUUUUAUUGUCCCCAGCACAAGGUGCACCUGUGUAAUGACCAUGCUGUUUAAUCAGCUUCUUGAUAUGCCACAACUCUCAGGUGGAUGGAUUAACUUGGCAAAGGAGAAAUGCUCACUAACAGGGAUGUAAGCACAUUUGUGCUCAAAAUGUGAGAUAAAUAACAUUUUGUGCGGUUCUCAGGAGCUGAAACAUGGGACCAACACUUUACAUGUUGCAUUUAUAUUUUUGUGUGUGUACCCAAGACAAAUCUGAGUUAAUUUGACCAAGAGCUACUGCAUACAGUGCAUUCGGAACGUAUUCAGAUCCCUUCACUUUUUCCACAUUUUGUUACGUUACAGCCUUAUUCUAAAAUUGAAUAAAUUAUUUGUUUUCCUCAAUCUACACACAAUACCCAUUUUAAUGACAAAGCGAAAACAGGUUUUUAGAAAUGUUUGCAAAUUAAAAAAUAAAUAAAAACAGAAAUACCUUAUUUACAUAGGGGAUUUGAACUUACACCGCAAGAUGUCAGGAACUUGCCACCUUACCACUGUGCGCUAACUGUCCAGAGCCAUAUUUUCUCACGAUGCACAUUAUUUUAUUAUCAGAGCAUGCCAGUGGACUUCUAGUAAGUAUGCUUUAGUGACAAAGUGUUGGGAUCAGGUACAACUAAGUUUACCCACCCCCAAAAAUGAAUAUUUAUUUAUUCCCCCGCCACCCACAACUUCUCACCUGUAAAUGUGAAGGGUUUGGGCAAAGGCUGAAAUUGGAGUUGAGAGAUACCCUUUAACAAAGUUUGGUAACUAUUUUACAUUAAGUUGCCCCCAUGUUAUUGUAAUCCGGCACUAUUACCACCAUUACCACUGGCUAAUAAAUGAUGUCAUGGUUAAUAUGAGGCAUGCUCCGGUUUCACACACACACACACACACACACACACACACACACACACAUACACACACACACACACACAGACGCUGCACAGUAUUACGCAGAGUGCGUUCUAGAGCAAGUCCUAGUUUCAGAUGGCAAGGCUCAUAGACUGUAAGACGACAGGAGGUCCAAAUACGUUUUUAUAGCAAGAGGAUGACGUGUGUGUGUGUGUGUGUCAACAAGUGCGUGUGUUCAGUUCAGUUUUUCCCAGCUUUAAAUGAGCUGUCUAAGUGUCUAACUGGACCAUGUGGUGUAUCUUGGCUGAGUGGGCUGACUGAUUCAGUAAGAUGCAGGGGUUUGACGCAGGCAGGCAGGGCCCCAUUGGAACACAUUCCACCAUUAAAAACCUCUGAAACCGCUCUGUCCAACCACAACACUGAGAGGAUGUCUAUGGAUGUCUACCUAAUUUAUCCCCCCACUGUUUUGUUAUUUCUACCAUCUCUAAUGGCUUUGUGUUGCAUAAGUGGAGUUUCUCACCCAGCAUGUGCUGAGCAGCUGCAUGUCUGAACAAUCUCUCAAACUCACAGAGUCACACAUACAUAGCCCCCUUCUCAGACACAUACAAUUUGUAGACGUACACAAUUAUACCAAUCCCCAAUUCAUAUCGGCCAUACACAGUUCAUUUUUACUGUUCAAUUGACCACUGGUUUCUUCUACCCCUCCCCCAUCCUCCUCCUCCCCUUGGGCAGGCCUCCUGGCGUCCCCCCAAUCAGCUCCUGGGAACCUGGAGAACAGUAAACCGAGUGAGAGCCGCAUCAACGGAGGAAGCAGAGAGAACAGCACUGUGGACUUCAGCAAGGUAACGUCUCCUCUCCUCCCACUGCUGUGCCUUGUGUAGACCCACCGCCACGAGGACAGAGAAGUAGAGCUCUGUUACCCGACCCGGGCCCGACAUUACAUUUACAUUUUAGUCAUUUAGCAGACACUCUUAUCCAGAGCGACUUACAGUUAGUCAGUGCAUACAUUUUCAUACUGUAACAAGUAUUGUAGUUAACAGUAAUAACUCAUAGUUACAAUGUAAUAACAAGAUAAACCUGGUAGGAAUUGCGGUCUGUAAUUACAGAAGUAUAACAGCGAAUGCUUGUUACCAUGCUUGUUACAAAUGGGCAGGUUUCCACUAAGUUCACUAACUUAUACAGUACAUUACAUCACCCAUUCUGACAACCUGGCCCUCAUUUUCAAGCUUCUGGAAGUGCGACCCAAGUGGAAGAAUAAAUACACUAGUACAUGUAAUAUCUGCAUAAGUACAAUGUAAUUACUAGGUGUUACACUUCAUUUUAACUAGCCAAAUCCUGUGUAUCUUGAGGGGUACUUACUUGUAAUUAUAGUGUACCGAUAGCCAGUGCUGGAAAAAGUACCCAAUUGUCAUACUUGAGUAAAAGUAAAGAUACCUUAAUAGAAAAUGACUGAAGUAAAAGUGAAAGUCACCCAGUAAAAUACUACUUGGUUUUAAAUAUACUUAUGUGUAAAAGUAUAAAUCAUUUUACAGUCCUUGUAAGUCGCUCUGGAUAAGAGCGUCUGCUAAAUGACGUAAAUGUAAAUGUAAAUGUUAUAUUAACCAAACCAGACAGCACAAUUGUAUUUGUAUUUGUGGAUAGCCAGGGGCACACUCCUAAACUCAGACAUAAUUUACAAACAAAGCAUUUGUGAUUAGUGAGUCGGCCAGAUCAGAGGCAGUAGGAAUGACCAGGGAUGUUAUCUUGAUAAGUGUAUACAUUGGGUACGGGCCGAGUAGGGCCUAUUUAUUUAUUUUUAAUCAAUAACUAGGGGUACGGGCAGGGCUCGUGUAUCACUAAAUUGAUCACUAACAUUUUGAAGCUGAGCCAUAGUCCUAUCUGACUAAGAUCAUAAUGGUGUCAGAAGUGCUUCAACCUCGUCAAAUAUAAGACAUGAGAGAUUAUUUCACAGAAAAUAAUGUUCCUUGAGUUUUGUUAGCUGUUAGCUACUAAUAAUGUUCCUAGCUACUGUUAGCUACUACUCUAACUGCUGUCAUGUCAGGUAGCUUAGUGGUUAAGAGCGUUGUGCCAGUAACCGAAAGGUCGCUGGUUCUAAUCCCCGAGCCGACUAGGUGAAAAAUAUGUCUGUGCCCUUGAGCAAGGCUUCUUAACCCUAAUUGCUCCUGUAAGUCGCUCUGGAUAAGAGCGUCUGCUAAAUGACUAAAAUGUAAAUGUCUCAUCAUUGACCCUAGCAGAGCCGUUGCUAUGGAUACUCCCAGACUCGGAGCCACCGUGAUCAGAGUGAGCUGCGUGCAGGGAGUGACUGACAGGAGCAGCUAAUGGAGGAAGUUAUUUCUGGUUUCGGUCAGGGCCGGGGCUUUAAUUUGGUAAAAGCAAUCGGGCCUGGGUAGGGCCUGAAUGUCGACGCAUAGGUAGGGCACGGGCUUAAAAUUCAUGCCCAUGCAGGGCUCUACAGAGAAGUCAGACUGACUGCACAACCAGAUGCAGCAGCUUUCACAUGAAACGUAUAUUAAAUAACCAAUGAUGUGUAUAAACCCUGGAUGACUGACAGGGGGCGCUGUUUUGAGACCACCUCGCAGCCAUCUUGGUACUCCUCCAUUUGUAAAAAAUAUUUUGGAAGGUAUAGAAAUGCAUUAUUAAUGUCUACAUUAGUUUUGACAUGUAUAUUCUAUUAUAGACUCCUUAAUGCAUACUUUUAAAUGAUAUAUUGAACUGAACAUAAUAAUACAAAUAUACAGUACCAGUCAAAAGUUUGGACACACCUACUCAUUCAAGGGUUUUUCUUAAUUUGUACUAUUUUCUACAUUGUAGAAUAAUAGUGAAGACAUCAAAACUAUGAAAUAACACAUAUGGAAUCAUGUAGUAACCCAAAAUGUGUUAAACAAAUCAAAAUAGUAAAAAUAAAGAAAAACCCCUUGAAUGAGUAGGUGUAUAUCUCUAUCUCAUUGGAAAUAAAACAUGGUGGCGCUGGAAACUGAACAAAGUGACUGGGUUCCAUGGUUCCACUCCAUUGGGGGGACUGAUGGGUAGGUGAACAGUGUAUUAUGAGGAUAGUGUUGUUAUUAUUAAAGGGGUGACAUCGUGGAUCCAGAUUGUACCCCAUGCUGAGUGUGUGAGCUGAGCUUGUGGUGUGAUCUGAAUUAAGUUGUGCCCCUGUCUGUAUCCUGUUUGUCCCGCCCUCAGCAGACUUGCCACUGUAGUUGUGGUUCCCGGGGAGGGGGUGCCAGGAGGCCUGCAGUAAGUUGUGUUGUCCCUGGCUGUUCCAUGAGACUGUUAUACCGUGACGUGAUUGUACAUGACAUGUUACUUGUCAGUGCCGUGUGUGUUAAUGUGUGUGACCACAGUGCCGUGACUGUGUUGAUCUAUCUGUAGUGGUUUGACCGUGGUCCAGUGAGUCUGUUUUGAUUCUCGUUUUUUGGCUUGUUUUUUGUGAAGCAGUACGGCUGUCAGAAGCACAGAUAUACAGUGCUAUGAAAAAGUAUUUGCCCCCUUUCUAAUUUUCUCUACUUUUGCAUAUUUGUGAUACUGAAUGUUAUCAGAUCUUCAACCAAAACCUAAUAUUAGAUCAAGGGAACAUAAGUGAACAAAUAACACAACAAUUACAUAUUUAUUUCAUAAACAAAGUUAUGCGACACCCAAUUCCCCUGUGUGAAAAAGUAAUUGCCCCCUUACACUCAACUGGUUGUGCCACCUUUUAGCUGCAAUGACUCCAACCAAAUGCUUCCUGUAGUUGUUGAUCAGUCUCUCACGUCGCUGUAGAGGAAUUUUGGCCCACUCUUCCAUCCAGAACUGCUUUAACUCAGUGACGUGUGGGUUUUCAAGCAUGAACUGCUCGUUUCAAGUCCUGCCACAACAUCUCAAUUGGGAUUAUGUCUGGACUUUGACUAGGCCAUUCAAACUUCAAAUUUGUUGCUUUUUAGCAAUGUUCAUGAAGACUUGAUUGUGUGUUUUGGAUCAUUGUCUUGCUGCAUGACCCAGCUGCGCUUCAGCUUCAGUUCGCAGACGGAUGGUCUGACAUUCUCCUGUAGAAUUCUCUGAUACAGAGCAGAAUUCAUGGUUCCUUCUAUUAAGGCAAGUCGUCCAGGUCCUGAGGCAGAAAAGCAUCCCCAAACCAUCACACCACCACCACCAUGCUUGACCUUUGGUAUGAUGGUCUUACUGUGGAGUUCUUACUGUGGAGUUUGGUUUUCGCCAGGCAUUACUGGAACCAUGUCAUCCAAAAAGUUAUAAUUUUGAAUCAUCUGUCCAUAGAACGUUCUUCCAAGAGUCUUGAUGAUCAUCCAGGUGCUUUUUGGCAAACUUGAGUCAACUUUUUGGACGAGAUGGGUCCCACUAUGCCUGGCGAAAACCAAACUUUCCAUUCCACAGUAAGAACAUCAUACCAAAGGUCAAGCAUGGUGGUGGUGGUGUGAUGGUGAUCCAAUGAUCCAAAACAAGACAAUGAUCCAAAACACACAAUCAAGUCUACAUGAAAAUUGCUAAAAAGCUACAAAUUUGAAGUUUUGGAAUGGCCUAGUCAAAGUCCAGACCUAAUCCCAAUUGAGAUGUUGUGGCAGUACUUGAAACGAGCAUGUUUGAAAACCCACACGUCAUUGAGUUAAACCAGUUCUGCAUGGAAGAGUGGGCCAAAAUUCCUCCACAGCGACGUAGAGCUGAUCACACUACGGAGCAUUUGGUUGAUGCAGCUAAGUGCACACAGUAUGAGGUAAGGGGGCUUACUUUUCACACAGGGGAUGGUGUUCAUAAUUUGUUUAGAAUAAAUAUGUAUUGUUGUGAUUUGUCCCUUGAUCUAUUUAGUUUGUUGAAAUAAAUAGUAUUGUUGUGUAUUGUUCCCUUGAUCUAAUAUUAGUAUCACAAAUAUGCAAAAGUUGAGAAAAUUAGAAAGGGGGCAAAUACUUUUUCAUAGCACUGUAGUUCCUGCAGCAGCAGCACACAUCUAUGUGAUUUAUUAGGCUAUGUCCUGUGUGAUGUAAUAGUCCAACCCCCAACUACCCGUUUUCACACAUAUCCUCAGUAACUGACCAUGUUACCAAAACACACAACUUAUAUUUUUCCACAGUUUAUAACAUUUGAGAAUUUUGUGGUAAUUUGGCCCAAUUUGGCAAACAAUAGCAUCAUAAUGCAGUCAUACGGUCUUAAAAAUCCUGGAAAAGUCAUGGAAUUUACAAUGGUGUUUUCCUGGCCUGGAAAAGUUUUGGAAAAUGAUCAAAUCUGAAAAUGUCAUGGAAAUGUAUUUUAAUAAUCUCUGUUAAUGUAAUUUCUUUAGGCACAGUUUUUAAAUAUUUUAUAAAUCACCGAAAAAUCUACAUAUCAGCCAGGAUCGGAAUAUGACACUUUAGUGCAUCUGUGUGUGUGCAUGUGGGGCCAUUGCUCAAGGAGGGUCUAUAAAAUAUGAUAGAGAACAGACUAACUAGGUAGCCAAUUCAAAACAUAUCUUGUAGCCUAGCUAGUUAUCGCUCUAGUUAACUGUUCAGUGUUUCCCCUAUAUGAUCUUUGAUAUAUUGAAUGAGCAAAUUAUUUGAUAAAGGCAUAAAAUAUAUUUGUUUGUAAUGUUUUACAUCAAGGGUGGUCAACCAUCCUCCAGGAGAGCUAAUGAGAGUGCAGGCUUUAAUUCCUCUAACAACACAUAUUUUAGGAAUGAGCUGCUGAACCGAACCUUGAUAAACUGACUCUGACGUGUUUGAGCAGGGCUUGAUCAAAAGCCUGCACACCCAGCAGCUCUCCAGACUGAGGGUUGACCACAUGUGUUAUACAGUUGCCUAACAGGGAUUCUACUUUGUGGGGGGUUAAGUGCCUUGCACAACGACAGGAGAUGGUAAAUGGGAUCAGAGAGCAGCCUCCCAGUGUUGAUACCACAUUUCUGCCCAAAAACAUAUACGCCACCAAUUGUUGGUCAUAGGAAUUUGGUUUAAACAAUACAAUUCAACUUCAGGAACAUCCAAGCAGGUAUUCUUCCUGUUUAACCCUGUGACCUUCGACCUCCCAGGUGGACAUGAACUUCAUGAAGAAGAUCCCUCCGGGGGCGGAGGCGUCCAAUGUGCUGGUGGGAGAGGUGGAAUUCCUGGAGCGACCAAUCAUAGCCUUCAUCAGGCUGUCCCCCGCCGUGCUGCUCACUGGUCUCACUGAGGUCCCCGUACCCACCAGGUAACACAGUAUGCACACACACACAGGCGUACACACACACACACACUUAUCUGAAUCGUAUGACAGGCAGUGAGUUAUUUUGACAGUGAAGGAGUUAUGGCAGUAGAUGACAAUUUUGGAAAAUAUAUAUUGUGUGUUGAGGGGGGUGUGUGCUUGGAUGGACUCAGAUUCUAUCCUGCUCUCCUAUUGGUCAGGUUCCUGUUCCUGCUGCUGGGUCCGUUUGGGAAGGGUCCUCAGUACCACGAGAUUGGCCGCUCCAUCGCCACGCUGAUGACAGACGAGGUGAGGAGCACUACAACACAGCUCUGGAUUGGUCCAAUUUCAAACCUUGGCCAAUCACCAAUUGGUUCCAUUUGCUGUGGUGUCAAAAGCAGUGACAUUUCGUUUGAGAGACUGCUGUUGUUGUCCUGUGCCAGAUCUUCCAUGAUGUAGCGUACAAGGCCAAAGACCGGAACGAUCUGCUGUCGGGGAUAGAUGAGUUUCUGGACCAGGUGACCGUCCUACCCCCAGGAGAGUGGGACCCUACGAUACGAAUCGAGCCCCCCAAGAGUGUCCCAUCUCAGGUGAGAGUUCUGGAAGAAGAUAGUGGUUGGCUGGUUGCUGACUGCUGUUGAACAUGUGAGACAUGCCGAUGGGUAAUAUUGUAAGAGAACUGUUGUGGCCAUGGUGUGUGUACAGUACGGAUGGUUAGAAAGUUGAGGGCUGUGCAGUAACCUGGCCUGGCCUUUGGGGGGCGUUUCUCUACACAGGAGAAGAGGAAGAUGCCUUCCGUGCCCAACGGCUCUGCCCAUAAUGAGUCCUUCAAAGAAGACCAACACCAAGCAGGACCAGAGCUACAGAGGACAGGGAGGUGGGUCACACACACACACACACACACACACACACACACACACACACACACAAUGGGUUUUCUUUAAGUCCUUUUAGAUGAAAAGGAGCUGCCAGACUGAGUGGUCACCUUGGCAGCUCAUUAUAAAAGCAUUAUAAACCUGAGAGCUAUUCAAUAGAGGUUUGGAAAGCCUUUCAUGUGUCUGCUGUAGAAGCUGAAGAGGUCUACUGCAGCCUUUCAUCUAGCGGCACCACACACACCGUCUACACAUCAAGCCAGAGCUAGUCACUAGUCACCAAGCAGGGUUAAACAGUCAGACCGUUCACUCUCCAAUAAUACUGAGACCUCUCCAUAGUGUAUGUCUAGUUCAUGAAAAAUACCAAAUAUACUAGAUUUCUUUCUGAAUCCUUACUUUUACUAACUGGGCUUCAAUUGUAGCUUAUUUCAUGGGAAAGUAGAGUUGUAUAUUAUUGACCAGUAGUUAAUGUGUAAUGUGGACCACUAGAUACUAUGUAAUGUGGACCACUAGAUACUGUGUAAUGUGGACCACUAGAUACUGUGUAAUGUAGACCACUAGAUACUGUGUAAUGUGGACCACUAGAUACUGUGUAAUGUGGACCACUAGAUACUGUGUAAUGUGGACCACUAGUUACUGUGUAAUGUGGACCACUAGUUACUGUGUAAUGUGGACCACUAGAUACUGUGUAAUGUGGACCACUAGUUACUGUGUAAUGUGGACCACUAGUUACUGUGUAAUGUGGACCACUAGAUACUGUGUAAUGUGGACCACUAGAUACUGUGUAAUGUGGACCACUAGAUACUGUGUAAUGUGGACCACUAGUUACUGUGUAAUGUGGACCACUAGUUACUGUGUAAUGUGGACCACUAGAUACUGUGUAAUGUGGACCACUAGUUACUGUGUAAUGUGGACCACUAGAUACUGUGUAAUGUGGACCACUAGAUACUGUGUAAUGUGGACCACUAGUUACUGUGUAAUGUGGACCACUAGUUACUGUGUAAUGUGGACCACUAGAUACUGUGUAAUGUGGACCACUAGAUAUACUGUGUAAUGUGGACCACUAGUUACUGUGUAAUGUGGACCACUAGAUACUGUGUAAUGUGGACCACUAGAUACUGUGUAAUGUGGACCACUAGAUACUGUGUAAUGUGGACCACUAUUACUGUGUAUGUGGACGCACUAGUUACUGUGUAAUGUGGACCACUAAUACUGUGUAAUGUGGGACCACUAUUACUGUGUAAUUGGGACCCACUAAUACUGUGUAAUGUGGACCACUAGAUCUGUGUAAUGUGGACCACUGAUUACUGUGUAAUGUGGACCACUAGUUACUGUGUAUGUGGACCACUAGAUACUGUGUAAUGUGGACCACUAGUUACUGUGUAAUGUGGGACCACUAGUUACUGUGUAUGUGGACCACUAGUUUACUGUGUAAUGUGGACCACUAGAUACUGUGUAAUGUGGACCACUAGUUACUGUGUAAUGUGGACCACUAGUUACUGUGUAAUGUGGACCACUAGUUACUGUGUAAUGUGGACCACUAGUUAAUUACAUUCUGCCCAGUGAAGAAGAUGGAGUUAAUAACUGUAUGGCAUUAAGGGUGACAUCACUUUAAAGUGUUUAUGUAGGCUUUGGACAUGCUGUACUUGACCCCUCUCUGAAACAUGACCUGAAGAGGCCUGUACUGGAGCUGUACUUGACCCCUCUCUGAAACAUGACCUGAAGAGGCCUGUACUGGAGCUGUACUUGACCCCUCUCUGAAACAUGACCUGAAGAGGCCUGUACUGGAGCUGUACUUGACCCCUCUCUGAAACAUGACCUGAAGAGGCCUGUACUGGAGCUGUACUUGACCCCUCUCUGAAACAUGACCUGAAGAGGCCUGUACUAGAGCUGUACUUGACCCCUCUGAAACAUGACCUGAAGAGGCCUGUACUAGAGCUGUACUUGACCCCUCUGAAACAUGACCUGAAGAGGCCUGUACUAGAGCUGUACUUGACCCCUCUGAAACAUGACCUGAAGAGGCCUGUACUGGAGCUGUACUUGACCCCUCUGAAACAUGACCUGAAGAGGCCUGUACUGGAGCUGUACUUGACCCCUCUGAAACAUGACCUGAAGAGGCCUGUACUAGAGCUGUACUUGACCCCUCUGAAACAUGACCUGAAGAGGCCUGUACUAGAGCUGUACUUGACCCCUCUGAAACAUGACCUGAAGAGGCCUGUACUGGAGCUGUACUUGACUCCUCUGAAACAUGACCUGAAGAGGCCUGUACUGGAGCUGUACUUGACCCCUCUGAAACAUGACCUGAAGAGGCCUGUACUAGAGCUGUACUUGACCCCUCUGAAACAUGACCUGAAGAGGCCUGUACUGGAGCUGUACUUGACCCCUCUGAAACAUGACCUGAAGAGGCCUGUACUGGAGCUGUACUUGACCCCUCUGAAACAUGACCUGAAGAGGCCUGUACUGGAGGUGUGUGUGUGUGUGUUUCCAUUGCCGGCUAUAUUCCACCUGCCUUCUACACAGUCUGUCCAGUUUAGAGUUGGCUCUGGUUUAGAGUUGUCCCCAAUACUAAAGGUGCAGAGAUGAUAUCACAUCUCUAGCAAUUAAACUAUUAUUAAAACUCCCCCACUGGCUUCCCCGCUCUCUGUUUUUAAACUGCUCUCUGACGUCUUCCCCCUCCCUCCCUCUCUCCUCCUCUGUCAGGAUCUUUGGGGGCCUGGUGAUGGAUGUAAGAAGAAAAGCUCCGUUCCUGUGGAGAGAUAUUAGGGAUGCUCUGAGCCUGCAGUGCCUGGCCUCUGUACUGUUCCUCUACUGCGCCUGCAUGUCCCCUGUCAUCACUUUCGGAGGCCUGCUGGGCGAGGCCACCAAGGGAAACAUUGUGAGUGAUGUCACCAAAAAACUAAUGGGAAAUAUUGUGUAUUUGUCAACAGUUAUUGAUGAGUUUGUGAUAGAAAUGUUUAAUUACUCACCAUCUUUGUCUAAUCUCCCCUCCAUUCCACUCCCUCUGUCUCUCUCCUCUCUCGCUCCCUUCCACACCCAGAGUGCGAUCGAGUCGUUGUUCGGGGCGUCUCUGACGGGCGUGGCCUUCUCCAUGUUUGCGGGCCAGCCACUCACCAUCCUGGGCAGCACUGGGCCAGUCCUGGUCUUUGAGAAGAUCCUCUUCAAAUUCUGCAGGUGAGCGUCCAGGCUACUGCUGGAGCCGUGUCCCAACUGUCUCAAACACCUCCUCAGGGUUCGUAUGGUCAUGGAAAUCCUGGAAAAGUCAUAGAAUUUUUAAAUGGUGUUUUCCAGGUCUGGGAAAGUUUUGGAAAAUGAUCAAAUCUGAAAAUGUUUUUCAAACUUAAUGGAAAAAUUAAUUUCUGUUAAUGUAAUUGUUUUAGGCACAGUUUUUAAGUAAUUUAUAAAUCAAAUAAAAAUCGACAUAUCAGCCAGGAUCGGAAUGACAUUAGCGCAUCGGUGUUUGCGAGCAUCACCUGCAUAGUGCUAGACUAGUGGGCCGUUGCUCAAGAAGAGAGAGACAGUCGGACAUUGCAGCAGCAAAUUUUAAUAAAAGUCAUGGAGAAGUCAUGGAAAAGUCAUGAAAUUCCAUGUGUCAAAAUGUGUAUGAACCAUGCCUCUUUCUCUCCUUUACUUUCCUUCUCAUGUCUCCUUUCCUUCCUCAAACACCUCCUUCUCUUGUCUCCUUUUUUUUUUUCUCCUUUCCUUCACUUGUCUCCUUUCCUUCACUUGUCUCCUUUCCUUCACUUGUCCUUUGUCCUUCAAUUGACUCCUUUCCCUCCUAAGAACACUUUCUCUUGUCUCCUUUCCCUCCUAAGAACACCUUCUCUUGUCUCCUUUCCUUCUUGUUUCCUUUCCUUCCUUCAUCUGGAAGGAUUUGAUGAGCAAUAUGAUGGAAACAUAUCCAGCCUAGCACUAAAACAUCAGAUUCAACUGUGGUCAACAACUUGAAAGCCUGUCCACAUUGUAAGGCUACAGGGCUGGUGGGCCAGCCCACUGUAAAGCAGAUCUGGAAAUGGUGUUACUAUAGCGCCAUCUGCUGGUAAGGAGAAGACUGACACCUACACUCAACUGAAAUGGAAGAGGACCAACCGUCUGUAAUGAAAUUGCGGUGUAUUAUGGUAUUAGGCCCUAGUAUUCAAAGAGGAAAGAUCAUCUCAAGAGUUAAGAUAAAUUAUCUUUAAUCUACUGGAAAAUAACUUAUGUUCCUACUGGGGGUAAAAUAGUCAUAAGCUAAACGCCCAGUCUAAUAUGCGGAAUAAGCAGUCGUUCACCUCCAAUGUUAUUUUUAAUUCAGUCAAUGAUUUAACAACAGUUGAAAACAGUGGAAAACAAUGCUACUGUGUAUGUACACCUAUGUCUCUGGUUGCUCUGGCAUGGGGAAGAGGAGGGAUGAAGAUCUAUGUCUCUGGCUGCUCUGGCAUGGGGAAGAGGAGGGAUGUAGACCUAUUGCUUUUCUGCUCUGGCAUGGGGAAGAGGAGGAAGCCGCUGAAGGUGCUGUGGUGGUUGUCGUUGUCCCAGACCUGGGUGUUGGCCCACAGCACCAUUUGCAGACUGUCUCCCUCCUCCAGCAAUAGAGCUGCUCCGUUAGAUGCCGUGUCGCUGCCCUCGCCGGACGGACUCUCGUGAGCAGCCAGAAGGACUUGGCCACCGUUCUUAUACAGCAUGGAGCUCAGGGUGAAGUCCGAGGGACCGUUGGCCGUGAACCGGAUGUAGUAGACUCCACGAAUCGGGGCCGUGAAUUCACCUGAGAGGACAGGGUUGUUUUUAACAGGGGAAGAAUGAGGAGAGGGUUUGUGUGUGUGUGUGUGUAUUACCUGUCUCUACGUUGUAUGCACCACCAACAUUUGUCAAGACCUUUUUGUAGACCAGCUUUUUGUUGAAGUUGCCUGUCUUUUGGGGUCCAUCGCCUCCCAGUGAUGCCGCGAACGCCACCUUAGGAAUGUCUGUGGAAUGCACAUUUCAUUCAUUUAUCAACAUACCAGUGGUUCUCAUAAUUGUCUAUGCGUCUACGCAUGUGUGCAACCUCACCACAUUCUUAUCAGUUGCAUCAUAUGUUCUGUGGAGUGUUGCAUCUUUCUCACCUUUCAGUGCCUACAGCUCUUUCUCCAUGGAUUCCAUUCUCUCUUUCAUAGCUAGAAACAAUGAGAAUACACUCACUUUCAUUGUACAGAGAUCUGUCUUUAUACAAACUCCCUCUAUUCCACUGCACAUGCAUAGUGGCAUUUCAGGCUUACACACACACACACACACACACACACACACACACACACACACACACACACACACACACAACCUAAAUCGUCACAGCAUAAAUCAUGUUUCCCAGGUCCAUCUUACCGAGCACGCUGGCUGUUAGGUCAGACCUUUCCUUCACCUUUGCCACAGUGUCCAUGAUCUGUCUGACAAUGGAGGGGAUGUCCUGUUCCCCCCCGGUGGGCUGAGCUGUGACCGACAGAGACAGGCAGGCCAGGGCCAGCAGUGGAAGGCUGCAGGGUGCCAUUAUCUCUCUCCUCUGUGUGUGAUCAAAAGGGUCAGAGAGAAGAGGAAGACUGUAACCGGGUCCACUCUCCUGGGCUCUUUAUAGAGACAGAUAAACAAACACACACACACACACACUGAUGUUGCAAGCAAACAGAUUCCCUGAGUCAUUGCUUUUUCUAAACCUAUUGCCGGUAAAUAGUGUAUGUCUCCCCCCAGUAUGGAAAUCCAGACCUUGUGUACCUGGUCAUGGUUCAAGGGUUGUUGCUUAUUCAGUUUUAGGAUUCCUACUUCUGUAAGUUUGAAAUUAUUUAUCCUUUUUGUGACAUAUCAGGGUUGUGUAGGACCAAUGCCAGUACUUUAAGUUGUCCAUAUUAGUUGUUUAGUAUUGUGUGUGGGUCUCCCUAACCCUCUGUCUCCCUCUCCCCUUGUCCAGUGACUACGACCUGUCCUACCUGUCCUUGAGGACCAGCAUCGGCCUGUGGACGGCCUUCCUGUGCCUCGUCCUGGUUGCCACGGACGCCAGCUCCCUGGUCUGUUACAUCACCCGCUUCACGGAGGAAGCCUUCGCAGCGCUCAUCUGCAUCAUCUUCAUCUAUGAGGCCCUGGAGAAGCUGGUUCACCUGGGAGAACUCUACCCCAUCAACAUGAACAAUGAGCUGAACAACCUCACUUUCUACACGUAAGAACACUGAGCUACAACCUCACCUUCUACACAUAAGAACACUGAGCUACAACCUUACCUUCUACAUGUAAGAACACUGAGCUACAACCUCACCUUCUACAUGUAAGAACACUGAGCUACAACCUUACCUUCUACAUGUAAGAACACUGAGCUACAACCUUACCUUCUACAUGUAAGAACACUGAGCUACAACCUUACCUUCUACAUGUAAGAACACUGAGCUACAACCUUACCUUCUACACGUAAGAACACUGCGCUACAACCUUCUACAUAGUUCAAAGGAAGUGUACUCUGCACAUCCAAACUACCCCAGGUGUUUAGUUAGAAGGUCAGUUCUAGAAGGUGAACGGUGUAGAGGUUAAUGUUCCUUCUCUGUCUCAGGUGUCAAUGUUCUCCGCCUGUUAAUGUCACGCCUGAGAUCCAGCAGGUCUGGAACCACAGCCAGGUCGCACCAGAAUCAAUUUCUUGGACCCAACUGGAUGUCACAGUAAGUGGUGUGUGCAGGGGCGCAACAUGUCCCCCCCCACCCAAUGUUCUGAAAUUACAUUUUUGUCCCGCCCAGUUUUAUCAUUGAAUGUGAUACAAAACCUGCCCAGUUUUAUCAUUGAAUGUGAUACAAAACUAGGCAAAGGUGUGCUUUAGGACCAUGCGGACGCCGCCGAGCGGUCUGGUAGGCUGUUUGGAGUGUUUAUCCUACUGGAUAAAAAAUUAAAAAUAAUUAUGUCCCCCCCACUUCUAAAACCAAAGUUGCGCCCCUGGGUGUGUGUGUGUGUUUGCGUGCACGUGCUUAUGGGGGGCCAUGGUACAUUUUUAUUGUUGUAAUCUGUCUCGUACUGUUUUCCCAUUUCAAUAGUAAAAUAUAUUGACGUUUUCAUGCAUGGACAUAACAUUUAUUUGGAUUUUGACAACCCUCAACUGUCCCUUCCCCCGGUCUCUGUGUUGUAGGAGUGUUCUAGGCUGCGUGGGGAGUUAUUUGGGCCAGCCUGCAGCCACCACGGUCCCUACAUCCCUGACGUCCUCUUCUGGUCCGUCAUCCUCUUCUUCACCACCUUCUUCCUCUCCUCCUUCCUCAAGCAGUUCAAGACCAAGCUCUACUUUCCCACCAAGGUUUGGCAUUAGAGUAGGAAUGCUGUGUGUCUGUCAGGGUUGUUUACUAGUGAGUUUAGGCCCAUACCACCCUGCUCUUUCCCUUCGUUUGAUCCUCUAUACUUGAACCUUUACCUCGUUCUCACUCUCGGUCCUUCUGUGUUCCAGGUACGGUCGACCAUCAGUGACUUUGCGGUCUUCCUGACCAUCAUGAUCAUGGUCCUGGUGGACUACCUGGUGGGCAUUCCCUCCCCCAAACUGAGUGUGCCUGACCGCUUUGAGGUACGUAUUGGUUUCAAACAGUUAACUCUGAAUUUUGUUUAGUUCUGGGCUUUAAAUUGUUUGCAACCGUAAAAAAAAAGUCUAAAUGGUUAUAUCUGAAUAUCUCAGAUAUUGGAAAAAGGUCCAUUGAGAAUUGCAUACAGUACUCCUAGAUACUGCUAUUUUUAUUAGGGUGUUAGGUGACACCACAAACAAUGGACGCUAUGCGAGAAUUGUAAUAAAAAAUAAGACUACAUGUCAAUGUGGUCAUCAAAAUACAUCAUAAAUCAUUUGAAAACAUUAACAUGGCAAUUGUUAACCAUGUCUAAAAAUCACAAUACUGAAUGUGACAUUUUACGAGGUAUAAGCCCAAAUGUAAAGCAAGUACCAUGCUAAGAACGUUCAAAUCUGUGGGAAUCUUGUGAAUCCCGCAAAAUCGUUGUGUUCAUAUUUGCUCUUGGUGGAAGGUAUUCCUCAACCUAUCAGAGUAAGAUCGAUGUUACAUUGUAUUGCUAAGAAGUAUUGGAAUGUCCUGACUGUGUUUCAUGGUCAUCUGACGUCUUUUCACUGAAAUGUAAGGUAAAACGUUUUUCGCUUCGCUUCUGUCAUUCAGCUGAUUUCAGAGACAUGAAAAAAACAUAGCAGGUUACAAAGUAGAGCUUCGUAGCUACGUUUAUGGGUUGUCAGGGAUUGGUCCAAAUUCACGUUUUGCCGCCCCCAUUUCCAUGAUGAGCGCUAGAUUGCUAGCUGUGUGGGAAUGCAUGACUCAGUUUGCUGAGGCAUUGAGCCAUGCGAGAGGCAGCAGUGGUUGUAAUGUGCCAGCGGCGAAUUUUGUGAUUGGUUUUAUUCUUUCAAGUAAAAACUCAGUGGCUACAGCCCGACAAUCGAUGAAAAACAUAGUUAAAUACCAGUGAAUUAAAAAUUUCCCAUCUAUCUUUCUAUGCCUAGGCUAAUUAUUUUCUGCAGUUUAUCUUCCCAUCACCAAAGUAACUCAUCAACACCAAAAAUAACAUUACAAUGUAACCUAACUCCAGUGUAGGUCUACCUUUUAAAAGUAAGCUAUGUUAUUACACUAGUAGCCUUCUGUGUUACAGUUCAGACUUAGUGUGUGUGGGGGUGCUGUGUGAGUAUGAGGAUGCUGAGAAGUGUUUGUCUGUGUUGGGGUGUGUGUGUGUGUGUGUUAAGUAUCUAAUUUGCAUAAAGUAGUAUAAAACGUUUUAUUAUAAUUUCAUAAAUGGUUUCAAAUUGUUACUAACGGUUUUGCAUAAAGCAUUAAAAUGUGUUAAUGUGACAACCCUACCUUAAAUUAUUGGGCUUAAAUUACUGUAAUUAUGUAUUCCGUACUGCCUAAUUAGCAUAUUAAGUGCCUAAUUUGCGUAAUAUAGCUUUUUACUUUUAUUUGAAUCAUCUCUGUGUUUUACAUUAGUCCUGAAAAUGUCAUUACAGUAGUUAGGUUUCCGUGGCGACAGAUUUUCAUGCAAAUAUUCAAAAAUCUGCAUAAAGAAAAUACGCACAUUUUCCCACCAGUGGUGUUUGAUGUGCGUGAUGACGUAGUGCACACAAAAUGUACCUUUUCGUUUUCAUGUACCGAAUACAAAUCUAAAGUUCAAUGUGUUUCCAUCGCAUUUUCAACUCUACCGGUAGUUUUUCACAGAAACUGUCGCGUUAAAUAGCAAAUGUGCCUACUCUGGUCUUCGCACGUGCGCUCCAGCCAACAGCUCUGAUACAGUAUGGAAGGCUGUGCAGGUAGGCUAGUCUACAUUGAGAUGAUUAUGUAUGAGAGCAAGACUGUUUUUAUUUUCCAAACAUUGACCAUCAUGUCGCCAGAAUAAGACCCUCGCUAUUUAUUGGAAAGGAGCAUCAAGCUCCUCACCUCCAGCAUCCUAACUUAUUUCAUCUGUAGCCUAAUAAACUGCAUGGUUUCCCGAGUCGUAGUGGGAGGACCACACACCAUCUCAUCGCGACUCCCAAGUUUACUUCGAUAUGACAGUUAUUAUAUCAACAUUUGCACAUAAAGACGUUUCCACCCCCAUUUCUCGCAUAAUUAAUUUUACCGAAACAAAAAGAUCCCACCAUGUCGAACGAACAAAUUAUCUGUCGCCAUUUAUAAAAUUGUACCAAAACUGUAUAACACUAAAACCAAAGUUUCAUUUAGUCCCCUAACAGCCUACUAUUAUACUGUACGUCAGGUUACCAACUAGAUCAGUUAGGUGUAUGUGCCAAGUUCACUAAGCUAUAACAGCCAGGAGCCUGUGUGUGUCUUUGUGCUUAUCUGGGUCAGAGUUGUUUGUUUAAAGUAUUUGUGUUGGGGCUCUAACAAACCUUGACACUCUGAAUAGAUAAAGAAUGUCCUAAAUAGACUAGAUAAGAGAAAUAACCAUGUCCUGAUUAUCAAUGGAUUUGGUUGAGAGAUCAAGGUAAGGAAAAUAUUAACUCAUUUAUUUUGUCAACUUCCAGUUAUAAAAAAAGAGAAACCUGGAUAGCACUGGCCUAUUUUAGAGUAUUAUCAACCUGUUAUUUGAGACUCUCUGGUUUACUGUAUGUGUUGUGACGUUCUUUCCUGACCAUGCCUGCUCCUCUAGCCCACAUCUAAGAACCGUGGCUGGCUGAUCUCCCCGCUGGGUACCAACCCCUGGUGGACCAUGCUGGCUGCAGCCAUUCCUGCCCUGCUCUGCACAAUCCUCAUCUUCAUGGAUCAACAGAUCACCGCCGUCAUCAUCAACAGGAAGGAGCACAAACUCAAGGUGAGAGACAAAGACUGGAAGACAGAAACUAAUAUGUAGAGAGAGAGAGAGGGGUUGUGACAAAGAGGAAACGCGGCACUUGCAUAUUGUGUAGUCUCCUGAGUGGCGCAGUGGUCUAAGGCACUGCAUCGCAGUGCUAGCUGUGCCACUAGAGAUCCUGGUUCGAAUCCAGGCUCUGUCGUAGCCGGCCGUGACCGGGAGACCCAUGGGGCGGCGCGCAAUUGGCCCAGCGUCGUCCAGGGUAGGGGAGGGAAUGGCCGGCAGGGAUGUAGCUCAGUUGAUAGAGCAUGGCGUUUGCAACGCCAGGGUUGUGGGUUCGAUUCCCACAGGGGGUAUGAAAAAAAUAAUAAUAAUGUAAGUCGCUCUGGAUAAGAGCGUCUGCUAAAUGACGUAAAUGUAAAUGUAAAUGUGUAGCAAUACAAGAUCAGGUCACUACUUGAACCAUGACCAGGUACACAAGGUCUGGAUUUCCAGACUGGGGUGAGGCCAACACUAUUUACCUUAAAUAACAACGAUAGGUUUAGAAAAAUCUAUGAUUUGCUUUCAACAUCUGCGUGCGUUUCGAGAGAGUUUGAGCUUGGGAGAUACUAGUAUCAUGGACAUCCUUUGCUCUGUAUUGUGUCCUGGUUGGCCUCUCCUGACUGUCUCACCCCCUCCCUGGUUGGCCUCUCUCCUGACUGUGCCCCCCCCCCACCUAACAGAAAGGCUGUGGCUACCACCUGGAUCUUCUGGUGGUGUCUGUGAUGCUGGGGGUGUGCUCCAUCAUGGGCCUGCCCUGGUUCGUAGCAGCCACUGUGCUCUCCAUCUCCCACGUCAACAGUCUGAAGCUGGAGUCUGAGUGCUCGGCCCCCGGGGAACAGCCCAAGUUCCUGGGGAUCAGAGAGCAGAGGGUCACCAGCUUCAUGAUCUUCAUCCUCAUGGGCUGCUCCGUCUUCAUGACCUCUGUGCUCAAGGUGAGAUGAGACUCUGUUAUAGACUGGUAGGAUGUUCCAAAUCAAGAUGAGACUCUGUUAUAGGGAUCAUUCUUGAAUUGAUUUGGUAAAUGCUGUCCCUUGACUUUGGUACGAUGUAGAAAGACUAAAAUGACAUUUUUAUAUAUAUAUAUAAUAUAUAUAUAAAAAUGUCAUUUUAGUCUUUCUACAUGAUACCAAAGUCAAGGGAUAUAUAUACAGUGGGGAAAAAAAGUAUUUAGUCAGCCACCAAUUGUGCAAGUUCUCCCACUUAAAAAGAUGAGAGAGGCCUGUAAUUUUCAUCAUAGGUACACGUCAACUAUGACAGACAAAAUUAGAAUUUUUUUUCCAGAAAAUCACAUUGUAGGAUUUUUUAUGAAUUUAUUUGCAAAUUAUGGUGGAAAAUAAGUAUUUGGUCAAUAACAAAAGUUUCUCAAUACUUUGUUAUAUACCCUUUGUUGGCAAUGACACAGGUCAAACGUUUUCUGUAAGUCUUCACAAGGUUUUCACACACUGUUGCUGGUAUUUUGGCCCAUUCCUCCAUGCAGAUCUCCUCUAGAGCAGUGAUGUUUUGGGGCUGUUUUGCUGGGCAACACAGACUUUCAACUCCCUCCAAAGAUUUUCUAUGGGGUUGAGAUCUGGAGACUGGCUAGGCCACUCCAGGACCUUGAAAUGCUUCUUACGAAGCCACUCCUUCGUUGCCCGGGCGGUGUGUUUGGGAUCAUUGUCAUGCUGAAAGACCCAGCCACGUUUCAUCUUCAAUGCCCUUGCUGAUGGAAGGAGGUUUUCACUCAAAGUCUCACGAUACAUGGCCCCAUUCAUUCUUUCCUUUACACGGAUCAGUCGUCCUGGUCCCUUUGCAGAAAAACAGCCCCAAAGCAUGAUGUUUCCACCCCCAUGCUUCACAGUAGGUAUGGUGUUCUUUGGAUGCAACUCAGCAUUCUUUGUCCUCCAAACACGACGAGUUUAGUUUUUACCAAAAAGUUAUAUUUUGGUUUCAUCUGACCAUAUGACAUUCUCCCAAUCCUCUUCUGGAUCAUCCAAAUGCACUCUAGCAAACUUCAGACGGGCCUGGACAUGUACUGGCUUAAGCAGGGGGACACGUCUGGCACUGCAGGAUUUGAGUCCCUGGCGGCGUAGUGUGUUACUGAUGGUAGGCUUUGUUACUUUGGUCCCAGCUCUCUGCAGGUCAUUCACUAGGUCCCCCCGUGUGGUUCUGGGAUUUUUGCUCACCGUUCUUGUGAUCAUUUUGACCCCACGGUGUGAGAUCUUGCGUGGAGCCCCAGAUCAAGGGAGAUUAUCAGUGGUCUUGUAUGUCUUCCAUUUCCUAAUAAUUGCUCCCACAGUUGAUUUCUUCAAACCAAGCUGCUUACCUAUUGCAGAUUCAGUCUUCCCAGCCUGGUGCAGGUCUACAAUUUUGUUUCUGGUGUCCUUUGACAGCUCUUUGGUCUUGGCCAUAGUGGAGUUUGGAGUGUGACUGUUUGAGGUUGUGGACAGGUGUCUUUUAUACUGAUAACAAGUUCAAACAGGUGCCAUUAAUACAGGUAACGAGUGGAGGACAGAGGAGCCUCUUAAAGAAGUAGUUACAGGUCUGUGAGAGCCAGAAAUCUUGCGUGUUAGUAGGUGACCAAAUACUUAUUUUCCACCAUAAUUUGCAAAUAAAUUUAUUAAAAAUCCUACAAUAUGAUUUUCUGGAUAUUUUUUUCUCAAUUUGUCUGUCAUAGUUGACGUGUACCUAUGAUGAAAAUUACAGGCCUCUCUCAUCUUUUUAAGUGGGAGAACUUGCACAAUUGGUGGCUGACUAAAUACUUUUUUCCCCCACUGUGUGUAUAUAUAUAUAUAUAUAUAUAUAUAUAUAUAUAUAUAUAUAUAUAUUUAUUACCAGUCAAAAGUUUGGACACACCUACUCAUUCAAGGGUUUUUCUUUAUUUUUACUAUUUUCUACAUUGUAGAAUAAUAGUGAAGACAUCAAAACUAUGAAAUAACACAUAUGGAAUCAUGUAGUAACCAAAACGGUGUUAAACAAAUCAAAAUAUAUUUUUGAUUAUUCAAAGUAGCCACCCUUUGCCUUGAUGACAGCUUUGCACACUCUUGGCAUUCUCUCAACCAGCUUCAUGAGGAAUGCUUUUCCAACAGUCUUGAAGGAGUUCCCACAUGCUGAGCACUUGUUGGCUGCUUUUCCUUCACUCUUCGGUCCAACUCAUCCCAAACCAUCUCAAUUGGGUUGAGAUCAGGUGAUUGUGGAGGCCAGGUAAUCUGAUGCAGCACUCUCCUUCUUGGUCAAAUAGCCCUUACACAGCCUGGAGGUGUGUUUUGGGUCAUUGUCCUGUUGAAAAACAAAUGAUAGUCCCACUAAGUGGAAAUCAGAUUGGAUGGCGUAUUGCUGCAGAAUGCUGUGGUAGCCAUGGUGGUUGUGUGCCUUGAAUUCUAAAUAAAUCACUGACAAUGGCACAAGCAAAGCACCAUCACACCUCCUCCUCCAUGCUUCACGGUGGGAACCACACACACAGAUCAUCCGUUCAACUACUCUGCGUCUCACAAAGACACGGCGGUUGGAACCAAAAAUCUCAAAUUUGGACUCAUCAGACCAAUGGACAGAUUUCCACCGGUCUAAUGUCCAUUGCUCGUGUUUCUUGGCCCAAGCAAGUCUCUUCUUCUUCUUAGUGUUCUUUAGUAGUAGUGGUUUCUUUGUAGCAAUUCGACCAUGAAUGCCUGAUUCACGCAGUCUCCUCUGAACAGUUGAUGUUGAGAUGUGUCUGUUACUUGAACUCUGUGCAAUCUGAGGUGCAGUUAACUCUAGAAGAAACGUUCAAAAUUCUUGACAUUUUCCGUAUUGACUGACCUUCAUGUCUUAAAGUAAUGAUGGACUGUCAUUUCUCUUUGCUUAUUUGAGCUGUUCUUGCCAUAAUAUGGACUUGGUCUUUUACCAAAUAGGGCUAUCUUCUGUAUACCACCCCUACCUUGUCACAACACAACUGAUUGGCUCAAACGCAUUAAGAAGGAAAGAAAUUCCACAAAUAAACUUUUAACAAGGCACACGUGUUAAUUGAAAUGCAUUCCGGGUGACUACCUCAUGAAGCUGGUUGAGAGAAUGCCAAGAGCGUGCUAAGCUGUCAUCAAGGCAAAGGGUGGCUACUUUGAAGAAUCUCAAAUAUAAAAUAUAUUUAGAUUUUUUUAACACUUUUUUCACUACUACAUGAUUCCAUAUGUGGUAUUUCAUAGUUUUGAUUUCUUCACUAUUAUUCUACAAUGUAGAAAAUAGUAAAAAUAAAGAAAAACCCUUGAAUGAGUAGGUGUGUCCAAACAUUUGACUGGUACUGUACAUAACAUGUACAGUGAGGGGAAAACGUAUUUGAUCCCCUGCUGAUUUUGUACGUUUGCCCAUUCACAAAGAAAUGAUCAGUCUAUAAUAUUUAUGGUAGGUUUAUUUGAACAGUGAGAGACAGAAUAACAACAAAAAAAUCCAGAAAAACGCAUGUAAAAAAUGUUAUAAAUUGAUUUGCAUUUUAAUGAGGGAAAUAAGUAUUUGACCCCCUCUCAAUCAGAAAGAUUUCUGGCUCCCAGGUGUCUUUUAUACAGGUAACGAGCUGAGAUUAGGAGCACACUCUUAAAGGGAGUGCUCCUAAUCUCAGUUUGUUAACUGUAUAAAAGACACCUGUCCACAGAAGCAAUCAAUCAAUCAGAUUCCAAACUCUCCACCAUGGCCAAGACCAAAGAGCUCUCCAAUGAGGUCAGGGACAAGAUUGUAGACUUACACAAGGCUGGAAUGGGCUACAAGACCAUCGCCAAGCAGCUUGGUGAGAAGGUGACAACAGUUGGUGCGAUUAUUCGCAAAUGAAAGAAACAAAAUAACUGUCAAUCUCCCUCGGCCUGGGGCUCCAUGCAAGAUCUCAUCUCGUGGAGUUGCAAUGAUCAUGAGAACGGUGAGGAAUCAGCCCAGAACUACACAGGAGGAUCUUGUCAAUGAUCUCAAGGCAGCUGGGACCAUAGUCACCAAGAAAACAAUUGGUAACACACUAUGCCGUGAAGGACUGAAAUCCUGCAGCGCCCGCAAGGUCCCCCUGCUCAAGAAAGCACAUAUACAUGCCCGUCUGAAGUUUGCCAAUGAACAUCUGAAUGAUUCAGAGGAGAACUGGGUGAAAGUGUUGUGGUCAGAUGAGACCAAAAUCGAGCUCUUUGGCAUCAACUCAACUCGCCGUGUUUGGAGGAGGAGGAAUGCUGCCUAUGACCCCAAGAACACCAUCCCCACCGUCAAACAUGGAGGUGGAAACAUUAUGCUUUGGGGGUGUUUUUCUGCUAAGGGUACAGGACAACUUCACCGCAUCAAAGGGACGAUGGACGGGGCCAUGUACCGUCAAAUCUUGGGUGAGAACCUCCUUCCCUCAGCCAGGGCAUUGAAAAUGGGUUGUGGAUGGGUAUUCCAGCAUGACAAUGACCCAAAACACAUGGCCAAGGCAACAAAGGAGUGGCUCAAGAAGAAGCACAUUAAGGUCCUGGAGUGGCCUAGCCAGUCUCCAGACCUUAAUCCCAUAGAAAAUCUGUGGAGGGAGCUGAAGGUUCGAGACCUUAAUGAAUUGGAGAAGAUCUGCAAAGAGGAGUGGGACAAAAUCCCUCCUGAGAUGUGUGUAAACCUGGUGGCCAACUACAAGAAACGUCUGACCUCUGUGAUUGCCAACAAGGGUUUUGCCACCAAGUACUAAGUCAUGUUUUGCAGAGGGGUCAAAUACUUAUUUCCCUCAUUUAAAAUGCAAAUCAAUUUAUAAAAUUUUUGACACGCGUUUUUCUGGAUUUAUUUUAUUUUAUUCUGUCUCUCACUGUUCAAAUAAACCUACCAUUAAAAUUAUAGACUGAUCAUUUCUUUGUCAGUGGGCAAACGUUUUUCCCUCACCGUGUGUAUGUGUACAGUGAGGAGAACAAGUAUUUGAUACACUGCCAAUUUUGCAGGUUUUCUUACUUCCAAAGCAUGUAGAGGUCUGUAAUUUGUAUCAUAGGUACACUUCAACUGUGAGAGACGGAAUCUAAAACUAAAAUCCAGAAAAUCACAUUGUAUGAUUUUUAAGUAAUUAAUUUGCAUUUUAUUGCAGGACAUAAGUAUUUGAUCACCUACCAACCAGUAAGAAUUCCGGCUCUCACAGACCUGUUAGUUUUUCUUUAAGAAGCCCUCCUGUUCUCCACUCAUUACCUGUAUUAACUGCACCUGUUUGAACUCGUUACCUGUAUAAAAGACACCUGUCCACACACUCAAUCAAACAGACUCCAACCUCUCCACAAUGGCGAAGUCCAGAGAGCUGUGUAAGGACAUCAAGGAUAAAAUUGUAGACCUGCACAAGGCUGGGAUGGGCUACAGGACAAUAGGCAAGCAGCUUGGUGAGAAGGCAACAACUGUUGGCGCAAUUAUUAGAAAAUGGAAGAAGUUCAAGAUGACGGUCAAUCACCCUCGGUCUGGGGCUCCAUGCAAGAUCUCACCUCGUGGGGCAUCAAUGAUCAUGAGGAAGGUGAGGGAUCAGCCCAGAACUACACGGCAGGACCUGGUCAAUGACCUGAAGAGAGCUGGGACCACAGUCUCAAAGAAAACCAUUAGUAACACACUGCGCCGUCAUGGAUUAAAAUCCUGCAGCGCACGCAAUGUCCCCCUGCUCAAGCCAGCGCAUGUCCAGGCCCGUCUGAAGUUUGCCAAUGACCAUCUGGAUGAUCCGGAGGAGGAAUGGGAGAAGGUCAUGUGGUCUGAUGAGACAAAAAUAGAGCUUUUUGGUCUAAACUCCACUCACCGUGUUUGGAGGAAAAAGAAGGAUGAGUACAACCCCAAGAACACCAUCCCAACCGUGAAGCAUGGAGGUGGAAACAUCAUUCUUUGGGGAUGCUUUUCUGCAAAGGGGACAGGACGACUGCACCGUAUUGAGGGGAGGAUAGAUGGGGCCAUGUAUUGCGAGAUCUUGGCCAACAACCUCCUUCCCUCAGUAAGAGCAUUGAAGAUGGGUCGUGGCUGGGUCUUUCAGCAUGACAACAACCCGAAACACACAGCCAGGGCAACUAAGGAGUGGCUCCGUAAGAAGCAUCUCAAGGUCCUGGAGUGGCCUAGCCAGUCUCCAGACCUGAACCCAAUAGAAAAUCUUUGGAGGGAGCUGAAAGUCCGUAUUGCCCAGCGACAGCCCCGAAACCUGAAGGAUCUGGAGAAGGUCUGUAUGGAGGAGUGGGCCAAAAUCCCUGCUGCAGUGUGUGCAAACCUGGUCAAGACCUACAGGAAACGUAUGAUCUCUGUAAUUGCAAACAAAGGUUUCCGUACCAAAUAUUAAGUUCUGCUUUUCUGAUGUAUCAAAUACUUAUGUCAUGCAAUAAAAUGCAAAUUAAUUACUUAAAAAUCAUACAAUGUGAUUUUCUGGAUUUUUUUGUUUUAGAUUCCAUCUCUCACAGUUGAAGUGUACCUAUGAUAAACAUUACAGACCUCUACAUGUUUUGUAAGUAGGAAAACCUGCAAAAUCGGCAGUGUAUCAAAUACUUGUUCUCCCCACUGUAUAUAUAUAUAUCGUUUUGUUUUUUUACUAGUAUAUUGUGUAUCCCUCAGUUUUGUCAUUGGUGUUACCGCCUUGAAAAUCACUGAUUUUAUUAAGAUAUACAGUUGAAGUAUGAAAAAAUAAUAAUAAUAAUUAAUGCACUCACUAACUGUAAGUCGCUCUGGAUAAGAGCGUCUGCUAAAUGACUAAAAUGUAGAUGUAAGUCGGAAGUUUACAUACACCUUAGCCAAAUACAUUUAAACUCAGUUUCUCACAAUUCCUGACAUUUAAUCCUAGUAAAAAUUCCCUGUCUUAGGUCAGUUAGGAUCACCACUUUAUUUUAAGAAUGUGAAAUGUCAGAAUAAUAGUAGAGAGAAUGAUUUAUUUCAGCUUUUAUUUCUUUCAUCACAUUCUCAGUGGGUCAAAAGUUUACAUACACUCAAUUAGUAUUUGGUAGCAUUGCCUUUAAAUUGUUUAACUUGGGUCAAACGUUUCGGGUAGCCUUCCACAAGCUUCCCACAAUAAGUUGGGUGAAUUUUGGCCCAUUCCUCCAGACAGAGCUGGUGUAACUGAGUCAGGUUUGUAGGCCUCCUUGCUCGCACACGCCUUUUCAGUUCUGCCCACAAAUCUUCUAUAGGAUUGAGGUCAGGGCUUUGUGAUGGCCACUCCAAUACCUUGACUUUGUUGUCCUUAAGCCAUUUUGCCACAACUUUGGAAGUAUGCUUGGGGUCAUUGUCCAUUUGGAAGACCCAUUUGCGACCAAGCUUUAACUUCCUGACUGAUGUCUUGAGAUGUUGCUUCAAUAUAUCCACAUAAUUUUCCUUCCUCAUGAUGCCGUCUAUUUUGUGAAGUACACCAGCCCCUCCUGCAGCAAAGCACCCCCACAGCAUGAUGCUGCCACCCCCGUGCUUCACGGUUGGGAUGUUGUUCUUCGGCUUGCAAGCAUCCACCUUUUUCCUCCAAACAUAACGAUGGUCAUUAUGGCCAAACAGUUCUACAGUUCUAUUUUCGGUAUGACGGCUGCGUGGUCCCAUGGUACAGAUGAACGUGGUACCUUCAGGCGUUUGGAAAUUGCUCCCAAGGAUGAACCAGACUUGUGGAGGUCCAAACAUUUUUUUGGAGGUCUUGGCUGAUUUCUUUUGAUUUUCCCAUGAUGUCAAGCAAAGAGGCACUGAGUUUGAAGGUAGGCCUUGAAAUACAUCCACAGGUACACCUCCAAUUGACUCAAAUUAUUUCAAUUAGCCUAUCAGAAGUUUUCUAAAGCAAUGACAUCAUUUUCUGGAAUUUUCCAAGCUGUUUUAAGGCAGUCAACGUAGUGUAUGUAAACUUCUGACCCACUGGAAUUGUGAUACAGUGAACUAUAAGUGAAAUAAUCUGUCUGUAAACAAUUGUUGGAAAAAUGACUUGUGUCAUGCACAAAGUAGAUGUCCUAACCGACUUGCCAAAACUAUAGUUUGUUAACAUGAAAUUUGUGGAGUGGUUGAAAAACAAGUUUUAAUGACUCCAACCGAUGUGUAUGUAAACUUCCGACUUCAACUGUACAAGGACAUUGACCAUUCCCUCUAGUGGCAAACUGCUAUCAGGGGAGUGGUCUAUAUUCAAGAAAAUUAUUAGCCAAUCGCACACACCCUUUUAGUAUUAUUGGUGUUACUACUCCAACUGGUGUCACAAUGUUAUCAUAACGGUAAAAAAUAUUUAAAGUCAUUAGUUUAUUUAGAAUUAUUUCCAAAAUGCCAUGCCCAAAUGCCACCUUAAUUCAAGAACAAUCCAUAGGCAACAUCCUUUCACUGUUUUGGAACAUCAUUUCCUUUCGAUACCAGAAAGUGAUGAGGAAAGGGAAGUAUUAUUUAGCACACUAGUGGUUUGUGGGUAAAGAAAUGAGAAAAAGGCGAAGACUAUGAUUAAAAAGUAGCUUCUGUCCCCUGUUGUCUUUCUAGUUCAUGCCUAUGCCAGUCCUAAAAAGUAACUUCUGUCCCCCGUGUUGUCUUUCUAGUUCAUCCCUAUGCCAGUCCUCUACGGGGUGUUUCUCUACAUGGGUGUGUCCUCACUCAAAGGCAUCCAGGUCAGUCUGUGUGGUGUUAUGUCAUGUGAUCAGUGAGGUAGGUUUGCACUGCAGUGUCUCCCCCCCCCCCCCCACUCUCUCAACGGUACAUCUGAACCACAGGAGGUUGGUGGUACCUUAAUUGAGGAGAACGGGCUAGUGGUAAUGGCUGGAGCAGAAUUAGUGGAAUGGUAUCGAACACAUGGUUUCCAGGUGUUUGAUGCCAUUCCAUUCACUCAGUUCCAGACAUUAUUAUGAGCCGUCCUCCCCUCAGCAGCCUCCUGUGGUCUGAACAUGGUUGUGUUGUGGUUGUCCUCUCCUGUAGUUCUUUGACCGUAUCAAGCUGUUCUGCAUGCCAGCCAAGCACCAGCCGGACCUGAUCUACCUGCGCUACGUUCCCCUGUGGAAGGUCCAUGUGUUCACCCUGGUGCAGCUCACCUGCCUGGUACUGCUGUGGGUCAUCAAGGCGUCCGCAGCCGCCGUCGUCUUCCCCAUGAUGGUAAGAAUACGAAUAUGCUGUUAGUAGGGUGCUUUCUUAGCAAAAAACAGAAGUAGAAACUGAAGACUGAGAGAAUAUGUCAAGCAAAAAGACGGCGCAGAACUAGAUUGUCAGGAUGACGCCAUUUUAACGAAGAGUUAAAAGUACAACUCACUGAUUUAUUUUGGUCUCUCUAGGUGUUGGCCCUGGUGUUUAUACGGAAGCUGCUGGACUUCUGUUUCACCAACAGGGAGCUGAGCUGGCUGGACGACCUGAUGCCUGAGAGCAAGAAGAAGAAGGAGGACGACAAGAAGAAGAAAGCCAAGGAGGUGUGUCCGACUGUUCUUACAGACUAACGCAGAGAGCUGCCAACGACGGUCCCACUGACACUUUCCCUCUGUUUCCAUGGUUACAGGAGGCCCAGCGCAUGCUGGAUGUGGAAGAGGGCAUAGCACACCCCUACGACGGGCCGGGUGUCCUCAAGACCCUCAAAGUCAGGUUAGUGGUUGGGGACAAUUUUUGAUGCAGUAUAUCAAUGUCCUUUAUACUUGGAGAAAGUCACAGCCCAUUAACCACAGCCCAUCAGUGCUGUUCCUCACUGGUUCUGUAAUGCAUUGUGAAGCACUUUGGAGAACUAUGGAGUAGUAUAUUCAUGUAACAGUUACAAGGGAAAAGUAACCCCUUUUGAAGCCCUGACCCGUCUCUUCCAAAGCAGGUGUGACAGCAGUGUUGAGUUCAACAUGCCACACGACGCAGAGGAGAGAGCAGGGGUUGGUCUCUCAGUCAGUCUCAGGCCUGCUCUAGUCUCACCAUGCACCCCUCAUGCAGCCACUUUCCCACCUUGUUGAUUUAACUGCCCAUAACCUCCUCGGACCGGUUUCAUUCCACACCACUGUUUCCUCCCCUCUGAAGAGCCUAUGGGAGUGGACAGCCUUGUGCAAUGAAAUACAGCCUUCGUGUUUGAUUUGUGUUGUUUAACAUGUCCUUCAUCAUCACAGAGUGGAUGCAUGACCCCCCUGACCCUCAAUUCCAUAACAACCACAAAGACAACCACCAGAAAAACAACCAAUCACAGACUGUCCUUGCAGUCAAGCGACUAUUAUACUAAGUUGCUAAUUUCCCUUAGUAUUGCAGUUUAUAAAGGUUAUGAUAGAUCGUUUUUUUAAGGGUCCUCUGUAAUACUGUGUUGACUGCAGCCAAGAAAAUAAAAUUCAUGAGUUUAUGUUUCAGAAAUGAGACCCACAUUGGGGGUGUGUGUGUAGUGUGUCCUUGGAAAUGUGUGUUUGUGUACGCCAGAUUGAGGGUGUUGUGGUGUGUGUGUUUCCCCUGCAGUUUGGACCCCUCUAUGGUAAACAUUUCUGAUGAAAUGGACAAAACCGCCAAUUGGAAAUCUGUCUCCAUGAACUCUGACAGUGCCAAAGCUCUGAAACAUAGUGCCAGGUAGCUAUAACUACUCCUCAGUAUGGUUCAGGUGUUCAUCCUUCCUCUUCCUCGCUGGCUGCUGGGGCCAAACCCAGAAACAUGCUCCCAUCCCUCUCAGAAAAUCACACCAUCUGAUAAUCAUUUGACAAAAUAUUUAAACCAAAAAAUAAAUACUUUUCAAUUUAAAUAUUUUUGAAAAUGCAUUCUGAAACUAUUUUACAUUAAUUUCAUGCAUGUCAAUAUGUCUCAAUCACAUGUUUUUAAGUGUGGAGGAAUAUUGAUGAAACCUUGUAUAAGGCUAUUAUUGCUUACUCUCAAGAUUGGCGAGGGCCAGAGAAGGGAGCAAGUGUUCCCUUUUGGAAUCCAGCCUCAUACUUCUAUGCCUCCACCCUAUUUUCCUAUACAGUCCAGAAGUUGAACCCAUACCUUUUCAAUGACUGGAGAGCGUGAAGGCUAAUUAUAACCACUCCCACCCACAAUAGACAUGCUAUGAAGCACCAACUCGCAAAUCAAUAGUACUGUAUGUAUGGCAAAUGUCUUAGAACUGGCAAUAUUUUCAAAGAAACCAAAGAUAAGAGCAUUUGGGUCCACCUGCGGUACGUUCAGUCUUGCAAUGUUGCAUUUAAACAGUUUGCAACAUUGCACGUUGUGUGGCAAAGGGGUGGUGAGUGGGUUCAUACUUACUGUAUUGGGUUGUCAUUUGUUGAAUGGGUUUGGAGGAUUUAACUUACUGAAAUUCAAGUUUAAUUCAUUAAUUGUGAAUAGAUAUCUUUAGAUAUAAUUGCCAUUUUUCAAUGAAUGAACUGAAUUUCGGUGGUGAUGAUGAUUGAGUUGUUCUGUUCCCAGCCAGGCGAAGGUGUCCUGUGUGAAGAUAAACUUGGAGAACGACCAGGGGGAGAAGUAUGGGGAUGCUGAGACCUCCUUAUGA